AUGAUGUGUGGUAUCGUAGCACUCGUUCAGUUGUUCAUUUCCAGUGUCAUUACAAUUAAUUUAAUGAUUUUGUGCAAGAAAAAGAAAACAAAUCAAGUUUUAAACCAGAAUAUAAAUCCAGAACCAGUUCCAAUACCUUAUGAUUCGAAAACUGAAUCAAAUAGUGCAAUGAGUCCAUCGAAAGGAGCUGCAACAUCUGCAACUCCUGCUCCAAAAACUACUUCUCUGGCUGUAAAACCAACGUCAUUGAUGGCUCCAAUAGCUCCUCCUCCAGAAGAAUCUCAGAAUAAAACAAUUGAGAAAAAAGGAGAAGUUAGGGAGAAGGAGAAAAAAAUGGAGAAAUCUCUCAAUUCGGCCUUCAACGACAGAUUGAAAGAAGACCAAAGUGCUGGUGUUUCUGAACUUGUAUGA